CGGUUGUAGAUUGGAUGACUAAUAACUAAUCGCCGAUUGAAUUCGGCACUGUUUCCAUUCGCGUAUCAUAUCUAUGUUUCUCAGGAUGGCUGAGUCCCAUUAGAUCUCCCUUUCUACCACUUUCGCGCAGAGUGGCGUCGGGGAGCCUGUGGGGGCUUAUGAGUAUACUCGGAGUGCCAAUCCGAAUAGGGAAAAUUUCGAAGCUGCGGUCGCCGCAUUGGAGAAUGCGAAAUAUGCCCUUGCUUUUGCAUCGGGAUCUUCUUGCAGUCUCUUCCCAUGGGCUCUCACGUCAUAUCGAUAUCGGAUGUGUACGGCGGAACCCAUCGCGACUUCACCAAGGUGGCCAAUACGCACGGCGUUGAGUCUCAUUCACCCCUUUAUGGUCCUCUAUAUCUAAUUAGCUCUUUAUAUGACUUGGAGACGACGAUCCGGCCUGGCAAGACUCGGCUGGUCUGGGUGGGAACACCAUCCAACCCUACUCUCGGUUUAGUAGAUCUUCAAAGAGCCGCUUCCAUUGCUCACUCCCACGGAGUCUCACUGGUUGUAGACAACACGUUCUGCAGCCCUUAUAUCCAGAACCCACGGUUACAUGGUGCUGAUAUUGUUGUUCACUCCGUUACAAAGUAUAUUAAUGGACACUCGGAUGUGAUUAUGGGCGUCGCUGCUUUCAAUUCCGAGGAGUGGCGAGAACGCCUGACGUUCCUCCAGAACGCAAUUGGGGCAGUUCCAUCUGCCUUUGACUGCUGGCUGGCUCACCGUGGCCUGAAAACGCUUCAUCUCCGAUCAGAGGCCGCCACGAAGAAUGCUACUGCCCUGGCGCUUGCUCUAGAGGCCUCUGCCAAUGUGAUUGCUGUGCGAUACCCGGGUAUUGAGUCCCACCCCCAGCGGCACAUCGCCAUCCAGCAGCAUCGAAACGGCAUGGGUGGAGGCAUGUUGAGUUUCCGCUUGAUGGGUGGGCGUGAAGCAGCAUAUGCAUUCUGCAAACACACAAAGAUCUUCACUCUGGCGGAAUCAUUGGGUGGGAUUGAAUCCCUGUGUGAAGUGCCCGCGGGCAUGACUCACGCUGGUAUCCCCAAGGAGGAGCGCGAGAAAGCGGGUGUUUACGAUGAUCUUAUUCGUCUUAGCUGUGGGAUUGAGGAUGGUCAGGAUCUGAUAUGCCGAUGUUCUGCAAGCCAUUGA